AUGGUACUCGAUAUCGACUUAUUUAGAGCAGACAAAAACUAUGACCCACAAGUUGUACGUGAUUCACAGAAGAAACGAUACAAACAUGUCGAAUUGCUCGAUCAAGUUAUUGCUUAUGAUAAACUCUGGCGUACGGUUCGUUAUGAGGCCGAUGCAUGGAAUAAAGUUAAAAAUUUAUCUAGUCGAACAGUGACUGAAAAGAAACAAGCAAAAGAAAAUGAUGGUGAUUCUGAAGAAUUUAACAAAGAUUUUACUAUCAGUCUUGACAUAAUCAAUGCAGAAUUUUUAGCUAAAUUAAUAAUUAAACAAAUAAUACGACUGAGUACAUUGAUCGAUACAGAAAUUGAAAAAAUAAAAGAAAAAUUGAUUAAAAUUGAAAAUGAACGAAAUAUGGCCUUAUAUGAAAUUGGUAAUCUUGUUCAUGAAUCGGUGCCUAUCAGCGAUAAUGAAGAUUUCAAUAAGAUCGAACGUAUAUUUGGUGAUUGUUAUAUACGUAAAAUAUAUUCUCAUAUUGAUCUUAUUCAUAUGAUCGACGGUUAUGACAGUGAGCGGGGAGCAUUAAUAGCAGGAUCUCGAGGCUAUUUUAUGAAGGGUCCUGCUGUAUUUCUUGAACAGACUAUCAUUCAAUUAGCUUUGCGCGUGUUGAAUGAUAAAGGAUUUGAAAUACUCUAUACACCAUUUUUUAUGCGUAAAGAUAUUAUGCAAGAAGUUGUAUAUAAAAAUGAUAAGCCUGAUGAACCGAUCGAUGAAGUUAAAUAUUUGAUUGCUACUUCUGAACAAGCUAUUGCUGCUUUUCAUCGUGAUGAAUGGCUUGAAUCCAAACAAUUGCCAAUUCGUUAUUGUGAAAUUUCUUCAUGUCUUCGUCAAGAAACUGGCUCUUGCGAUCUUGAUACAUGUGGCAUUUUUCGUUUAUAUCAAUUUGAAAAGAUUGAACAAUUUUGCAUCAGUUCUCCACAUGGUAAUCAAUCGUGGCAAGUGUUCGAAGAAAUGAUUGGUAAUGCUGAAGAAUUUAAUAAAUUAUUAGGUAUUCCUUAUCGUAUUGUCAAUAUUGUUUUCGGUAAAUUGAGUGAUGCAGCAUCGAAACAAUUUGAUUUAGAAGCAUGGUUUCCAGGUUCAGGUAAAUUCUGUGAACUUGUCUCCUGUUCAAAUUGCCUUGAUUAUUAA